AUGACACAAAAUAAUGAUAUAGUAACGCCUCUGAACACACCUUUACUUACAAUUAUAGAUAAAUAUAAGUGUGAUAUAUGUCAAAAAACAUUUAAGAAUAAUGCAGAAUUAUCACACCAUAAUACUAUUAUACGCAAAUAUAGUAUUCAAGAAAAAUUACAAAUAGUGCCAAAAAAUCUUUCAGAAGCAUUCAAAAAUGAUUUGAUAUAUUUUAUUCACUGUCAAUUACCUAACGGUUUUAAAAAUGCUGGAAAAAAGACGGUUUCUGUUGCAUGUAGUAAAAAUCA